AGAGAGACUAGAGGAGGAAGAGGAGGAGGAGGAAAGUAUUAGGGUUUGGUGGAGUGAGGAAUUAGGGGACGGGGGAGGUGGGGUGGGUUUGGGUCUUGAUCGUCUCGGCGCUGGAUGAUUUCGGGCAGAGAUGGUCCUCGUCCCCGUUCGUAAAUCCUUCAAGGACUCGCUCAAGGUGCUCGAAGCUGACAUCCAGCAUGCCAACUCAAUAGCUUCAGAUUUCCCAAGAGAAUAUGAUGGUGCUUGUCUUCAGAUGCGAAUGUCAUACACUCCAACUGCACAUUUGUUCCUUUUCCUAGUACAAUGGACAGACUGUAGCUUUGCAGGGGCUCUUGGUCUUUUGAGAAUUCUCAUUUAUAAGGUUUAUGUUGAUGGAAAGACAACAAUGUCUAUUCAGGAAAGGAAAGCGAGUAUCAAGGAGUUCUAUGGUGUGAUUUUCCCUUCUUUAAUGCAACUACCCAAGGGGAUAACUGACAUGGAAGAUAAAAGGCAAAAAACCAUUUGUAUGGAAAGAUAUAGGAGAAGGGAAGAAGAUGAUGGAAAGCAGCAAAUAUCAGAAAUAGAAGCUGAGAGAGAGGAAGAAUGUGCUAUUUGCAUGGAGUCCAACAGCAAGGUUGUUUUGCCAAAUUGUUGCCAUGCUAUGUGCAUGAGGUGCUACCAUCAAUGGAAUGCAAGAUCACAGUCAUGCCCCUUCUGCCGCGAUAGUCUGAAGAAGGUAAACCCAAGUGACCUAUGGAUUCUCACUGACAAGCGAGAAGUUAUGGACAUGGCAACAGUGAUAAAAGAGAAUUUGAGGCGUUUGUUCAUAUAUGUAGAGAAGUUACCACUAGUUAUGCCAAAUUCAGUCAUGAAUAUCUAUGAUCCGCAUGUGAAAUGACUCGCCAGCCACUGCUGCUUCACCUACGGCAUCUUUUAUUCUUUCUGCUGCAGCUUGUUCAGAGAUCGAUCUCAUCAGAGAUGAUAUUGCAUUCCUGCUUCAAGGCUGCACCUGAUUCCUCAGCAAGUUCAGCUUAAGGAGGUUAGUCUCAAGGAUUUGUAUAUCUGUAAAUAUUGUUAUAGUUUGUAAGUUGGUCGAUGUAAGUGAAAAAGCAAAAUAUAUUAUCUGUUAUUCUACUUUUUUUUGUUAAUCAAUGUCUUUGAUACCUUGCUCGAUGGAUCUUGUAGCAGGAUCAUCAAGACAUCAGCAAAUUGCAGUUGUUAAACUGUGCAUAUUAAUCUUGUAUUGUUAAUAUUACUUGCUACUUGUCCCUUUGAA